AUGUCGGAAAACUUGAAAAGAGCAGAACUGUUGUUCAACCGCAUAAUGAACCAGAACAAACCGGACACCAAACAGCCAUCCCAACGCAACUCCUCCACUUACAACUCCAACAAUCACUACCACCACUCAAAUGGUAAUAAUCAGGGCAACUCUCACCAUCGCCACUCCUACAAACUGUACAAAAACUACUCACAUAACGGCCACCAGACUUCGGCGGUACUCCCAAACUAUGACUUGCCCAAAAGAGAUCCUGUCAAGGAGGCCCAGGAUGCCGUGGAUGCGUUGCUGCCCGACCAGCACGUUUUACCCUACUGUUGGACUAUUUGGUAUCACCUGCGUAACAAGAACAAGGUUGUGACCAGCGAAGAAUCUGCUGGCGUGGCCGACGCUACCAAACCUGCUGCCACCGCCGCUGCGGUCGAUUCGUACUUACAAACCACCAACGAGAUUGAGUUCCCUUGUUUUGGAAACGAGAAUGCCACGGUUAAGAGUAUUGCGUCGCUUGAGCAGAUGUGGCUCUCAAUGUCGGUGAUGAAAAAACUGCACGACUUGGCCAAUGGCAGUGAACUUUUGGUGUUUAAAACAGGUGUGAAUCCCGUUUGGGAGGACCCGGUUAAUGCCAAAGGUGGUCGGUGGGUGUUCCGGUUCAAUCACCGGUUCAACCCAGCUAACGGACCCGAACUGGCUAAAGAGGUGCAAGAGUCCAUGCGCAAGGUAAGACGCAGAACUACAUUGAUCUGGGAGAGGCUUGUGCUCAGGACAUUGGGGGGAUCGCUCAUUGCAGAAAAAAGCGCUACCAAGGGCAUCCAGUUACUCAAUGACGUUGCCGGUUUGGUGUUGAGUGUGCGUCGUGACGAGGACAUCAUAUCUGUAUGGAACUCAAACUUGAGUUUCGGUAAGAGACUGGAUGAUGAUGACAAGAAGCGGGGCCUUACACCUUUCCAGGCUCGCCGGGUUAUUUGUGAUGCAGUGUUGCGUGUGAUCAGAGAGUGUGAUGUGAUCACCCAGGGUUCAGAUUGCAUUGAGACAUCGACCAAGUCGUCUACGGAGCGUGUGAAUGGUGUGACAUUUGAAUACAGACUUCAUCUGGACAGUUCUAGCACGUAUUCCACCAAUGAGCGCCGAAGAGGUAAGCACCACCAUCAUUAUCAUAAGGAUGAGGAAAAGCCUGAGGGUAAGGACGAGAAGGAAGAAGUAUAA